GACGAGCUCACACUUUUGGUAGAAGAGGCCAUGGACAUGAUGGAGUUGGAGACACAGCCAGACGAGACACCCCAUGGAGAAUCCAAAGAACCACAGCCAGACGAGACACCCCAUGGAGAAUCCAAAGAACAAGACGCUACGAUGCUAUUUGGUGAUGAUCAAGGGCUAGUGAACACCAAAUUGGAGAUGCAAGUUUCAACGGCAAAGGCACAUCGACUGUUCCCAGAGUUUGAGAAGACCCAGCUCAUGCCAGUCAAAGAGGAACUUGGCGAUGAAUAUGUUGAAUUUGGUGAUCCAAGCGGCGACCCAGAGGCUGACCUAGAAAACUUUUGGUGUUGGGUUUCGAGUCGUGAUGAUGGCAAGGACAACAAUGGUGCUGGUGAAGAUGAGAAUGAGACGGAAACGAAAGCGAAUGCUGGCACCAUCUUUACCCCAUCACACACCUAUCCUGCACCGCCUUCGGACAAACAUCCAGAUAUCAAUCGCAUUUUGGAAAGUGCAGCUGAGGUCGGAUCCGGCUACUUUGUCAAAGUGUUCAAACUUUGCAGUUGCGAUUUCGGCGUUCCACAACGCCGUGUUCGCUUGUUCUUUGUCGGUCUGAACAAGGAAACCCAGGAUGAGAAAUCUUUCUACCGGAUUGAGAACGUGAUCUUCCUGCGGAAGGAAAAGGAGGCGAUGCAGGCUGCCAAGAAUAAGGACAUCAUUCGCUAUGGUGAUAUUUAUCAGUCAGCGAACCGCACUCCUACAAGUCGCGAGACUCUGCACCUUCAGGGAUUGCAGUUCCAUGAACAUGAUCUACUUCACUUCAGUGAAUCCAGUCUGAGCUCACUUUCCGGCAACGCGUUUACCAGCACAGUGAUGCUGGCCAUUUUCUUGGCCACCGUUUUGGAACUCAAUUACACGUCAAGCUCCGAAGAAGAGCAGGAAAGCAAAUUGGCAUCACUUGUCUCGGCUUUGAAACGCCAAAAGGUCGUUCACUAA